CCUUUUCUAAUUAUUAUAUACAACACAUAUAGCUUCGGGCGCGUCGAUGGUUAUAUUAAUUUGUGCCGUUUUUAUGUAUAAAACCGCAUCGACAAGCUUCAGUCGAUAGUCAUCACGUAUAGAUUGAAUUAACGAACAAUUUUGUAUGCCUAUCAUGUUUUUUUUAACGUUUCGAGGCGGGAGCUUUACGUUUCUGUGUAACGUUAGUGAAAUAACAAUCGUUUUGUGCUUGUCAAAAACGUACCUGUUUUUAUUCGUGUGCUGACAAUGGUUGACUGUGUCCUGUAACGUUACAUGCUAGUCCAGUUUCCCCCUUUGAAAAGCGGCAGGAAUCAUGGGAGCCGUAUUCCUGCCAGCAGAUGCCGCGCACUCGGUGCUGCGGAGGCUCCCAAGAGCAAACUUCUUCUUGGAGGAGAUGAAACAAGGGAACAUCCAGCGAGAAUGCAGGGAGGAAAUCUGCAGUUAUGAAGAAGCUAGGGAGGCGUUUGAGAAUGAUGAGAAAACGAGGCGAUUCUGGGAGGAGUACCAGCGUGAAAGUAGCCCCAGGCCCGGAGGACUGGAGUCCAUCGCCGGUGGCGUUCAUUCCCUGUACCUGAUCUUACCCCUGCUGCUGGUUUUGCUGCUCAUUGCGGCAGUUUCCAUCACAGUUUGGAGAUGCCACUCACGCAAAAGAUCCCAGCAGAGUCCUGCCAUUGGGCGCCCACAAAGAGACACAACCCUAUCAGUGGUGUCAAUGGACCAGUGGGGUCGGGACUACCAUCCUGACAUCAGUCCUCACUCAGAGAUCAGUGCCCACAGUAGCCCCGCCUACCCAGGUGCUGACCUCACACCUGGGCGGGGCAGUCGGGGUGACCCGCCCCCUUCAUACGAGGAAGCUGUGGGCCAUACAGAUAUACAGAUUGAAGCGGAGCCUCCACCACAAUACGAAGACAUCAUCAGUAACCACGGUAACACUGUUAUCAUCUCCCAGGGAAAGUGAAGGAUCUUCCAGGCAUGUUAUCCUGCCUCAUGUAGGGAUGCAUUUUGAUACCAAUGCUGCAAACCCUGUCAUUCCUUACUCGCUGUGUCUCUCUUCUCUUUUAUAGCUAAUGUUUUUGCAGGAUGUGAACAUGCUUUGGCUGUUUAUUUUUUAAGUACUAGAAGUAUUUUUUUACAACUUCACUACUACAAUUACAGGCUUUUCAACUCCAGCACUAGCAUAAGAGCUGAACUUCUUUACUUAAUGUAAAGAGAAAACAACUUAUGCAAUAACAUUAUUCUUAGUACCGUUACAUUGUUAAACAUUGAAUUGCUUUGAUUUCAGAGAUGUUCGUAGAACUCAUAACAGCAUGAAUCCUAAUCCAAGCCCAAAUCCAAUGACAAAGUACUGUAAUGUCAUUAGCCAUUCUUCCAAGUUAGCAAGUCCUAUGAGUGUCAGAACAUCUUAGAAAUGAACUGAAUAUUUGGUCAGUUGUGGCCUCUCAUGGGACAACUAAAAAAUAUAAUUGUAAAUAAUCAGUUUCAGAGGAAAAAAAUGCACAAUAUUUUCAGGAAGUUGUAAAGUUUACUGACAUUCUGUACUUCAAGGUUCAUUGUAACCUUUAUCAAUAGCCAUCUAAGCUUAGGCUAUCUCUAUAGAAUUGCAUAGACGUCACUAUGCACUGGACUCACAGCCUCAAUGAAAUAUUGAUAUUGGGUUGAUUUUUCUUUUCCACUAGUUGAGGUGUUAAACACUGUGUUGUUAGAUUUGGUUAGCAUGUUGGAAACAUUUCAGCUAAAUGGAUAACCAUUUGAAUUUGCUGAUAAUACAUUGCUGAUAACAUUGACCAAACAAAUUCAAUCCUGAUUUUAUGUAGCAUCGUGGUUGUUAAUGAUGAAUCAGACUAAGUGGGCACAAAGUCAACGUGUGUGAGGUUUUGCAUUUCGGAAAAUACAAUACUGAAAGGAAUAGUUCGGCCCAAAAAUGAAAAUUUGCUGAAUAUUUACUCACUCUCAGUUUAUACAAGAUGUAGAUUAGUUUGUUUCUUCAGUGGAACAGAUUUGGAGAAAUUUAGCAUUACAUCACUUGCUCACUGAUAGAUAUUUUGCAGUAAAUGGGUGCCGUCAGAAUGAGAGACCAAACGGCUGAUAUAAAAACAUCACAAUAAUCCACAUGACUGUAGUCCAUCGGUUAACAUCUUGCGCAGUGAAAAGCUGCAUGUUUGUAAGAAACAAAUCCAUCAUUAAGAUGUUUUUAAACCAUUGCUUCAGGCCAAAAUACCAAUCCUCUAUCUAUAAUAAAUAAAAAUUCCGGUGAAAAAUUCUGACGGCACCCUUUGGAGCAAUUUAUGGUCACAGCCUUGUGAAAUGUGUUCUUAUUGUGGCCAAGGAUUAAACGAGCAUAUUAAGCGUCCCAAGCUGGGGAUUCUAGGACAAGCAAGAUGAAUUGUCCAUUGUGGAGGUAAUUAAUAAGGAGCAAGAAGCAUGCUUUUUGUGUGCAGCUGAGUUGUGCAGGCUCUCUUUUAGAUUUGUUUUAGGGUAAAUAACUUGUGUUUUGUUUCUCUAACCUCUUAGAGAAUGUUGAGAAAUAACAAUUAUGACUGCCUUUACCAUGCUGGUUGUUUUUAACUGAAUUCUGGUUUAUUUUGAAUGUGUUGAAGGCUGAUUUUACACAUGGUUUGAUUGUUUGAAACAGUAGUUUGAUUCAACCCUUUUGCUUUCACACUGUGGUUUUAGGUCAGAAUUGCGGUAUGUUUGCAUUUACAAUGCAAGUGUUAGUGGCAACUUAGUAACGCUAAAUAGAGUGUGCUACAAAGCAUAACUCUCCUCCCACGACAAAUGACUUUUUGCGAACACUUUAACCUGACACCUUUUAUUAAUGUACAUUGUAAAGCAUUCUGUAUUUUUAUAAAUAAUUGUAACCAAAGUUAAAAUGCAUUAUAAUAUUUGCAGAUUCCUUGUUACAUCUAAAAUCAGUUGUUUAUCAUGUGUUUUAAUACAUCAUAUUUUCAAAAAGUGUAACAAUGAAUAGGUAAGUAUUGUGGUUACAAUUAUUCAUGAGAUCAUACAGUGGAUUUUAAUGUAUAUGUAUAUAUGCACUUCAGGUAAAGUGUUACUGAUUUUUCCUCUUAAAAUGUCUCUUCACUGUUAUAAAACAAUUUAGGAUAUUUGACACUAUCAGGUUGGGCUUGUCUGUGUGUUUAACAGCAAGCAGACACCGUUUACCUCAUACCAUUUAUUCCUGGUUCUUACUCAGAGUCUAGGUUUCACCUCAGGCCCAGCUACAAUAAACAAAAACCAGGAGAAUUUCAGAUUAGGAUCAAAUUAUGGGAACAAGCUGUCCUAGUCCCCUAAAAAAUUAGAGGGAAAAAUCAACAAGGAAAUAUUCAGUAUUAAAUAUCAGGAAAGUGUGUGUUUAUGGGUCUGUGUGUGUGUGUGUGUGUGUGUGUGUGUGUGGGGUGGGGAUAUGAAGGAAAGAGAACACAAUGGAAAAGUCGACGCAUUUGUACUUAUUCAGUAACUAUGAGUGAAUGCACUUUUCAGGGCAGCGACUGCUCUUUGUAAAGAAAUAUUAAUUGAUGUGUAAAGGAAUAUUAAUUGAUGUGAUCUUAUAUGAAAAAGAUGUGAUAAAUUACUAGAGGAAAAAAUGGCAAAUGCUGUUUGGUUUGUCGUCUUGGCUUUCUACAGUUUAUAUUCUUAGUUCAUCAACAACAUGCUCGGCUGACAUAAAUAUGCAAGAAAAUCCAUCACCAGCACUAACUCAAGAAAGCUUUGUGAAAAUCAAAACAGUUUCACUUUGCCUAAAAUUGUUUGUGUUUUUAAAGGUAAUGUGAAAUAAGACUACCGUCAUUUGAAAUGCAGUCUGAUGAUGAUACAAGUUUGGCAGACUUUGACUGAUGUUGCUGUACAUGUGCAGGCUGAUAUUUCUGUGGCAGUUAAGAGUGAUUGUGGUGGUGUUUAUUGCUUAAGCCUUACUCAGAGAUAGAUAAUGUGUGUAUAUAUAAAUGUAUUAAGAACAAAUUUAAUUUUUUGUAAUGAUUGAGCUUGACUUUUAUUUGUAAUAAAAGUUUUUUUGGCCCUCA